AUGGCUACAGGUGCCAGCGGGAUCCCCAGUGUCAUGCGCGCUGGUAGACGCCGUUGGGCGGUGCUGGGACGGGGGGAGUAUGGAUGGUGCGACGCGAAGAGCUUCCCACCAAUAUUGUCACGGAUCAACUACCCGACGAUAUGGUCACGGAUCAUCAAGGUGGGGGGCUCAUGUUACGAUGUGCUCACCGACCAGGUCAACGUCGGGAUCAAGACGCAAAAGGAAUGUGAGCUGAUAGGGGGGCCAAAUCCAUAUGGUGAUGCUGCUCGGCAGAUUGCCAGCGGACGAGGAUAA